AUGUCAGGUCAGAUGAGGCGGCUCAUGAAGCAGCGACAGACCAGUCGCUACUAUCGGGGCCAACCACAACAGCAGUCACAACAGCGUCGUAGAGAUGAUGCUGACGAGAGAAGUACUGUACGGGCACACAAACGGACCCGUGGAGAAGAAGGUAUGCAGACAACUCCUAAAAAUGGGGAGGAGGAGGUUGAACGGCUGGGAAUUAUUCCCAAAGUCACCCUUGAUGAGAUGGGUGGGCUCGAAAAGGAGAUCCCUAUUAUUAAGGAGCUGAUUGAGUUGCCUAUUCGCUCUCCGCAUCUGUUUAGUCGCCUUGGGGCAGAUCCUCCCUGUGGUGUGCUGCUCCAUGGCCCCCCUGGCUGUGGUAAAACCAAAUUGGUGCAUGCAAUUGCCGGUUCACUACAGGCACCAUUGUUUUUUGUGGCGGCACCAGAAAUUGUAUCCGGCAUCAGUGGUGACAGUGAGGCGAAGUUGCGCAAUCUUUUCAUGGACGCUAUCAGCGCGGCACCGAGUAUUGUGUUUAUUGAUGAAAUUGACACCAUUGCAGGACGUCGGGACCAGACGCAACGUGGCAUGGAGGGUCGCAUUGUCGGGCAACUGCUCUCUUGCAUGGAUCAAGUGUCACGGGCUUGGCGGCAGGAGAACAAAGUCGUCUGUGUGAUGGGGGCGACAAACCGGCCAGAGGCGAUUGAUACUGCCCUGCGACGCGCAGGUCGAUUUGACCGUGAAAUUUCCCUAGGCAUUCCAACCAUAGCCGAGCGACAGAGUAUUUUAAACAUCAUCUGUCAGAAACUGCAUGUCGCAUCGGAUAUGGAUUUUUUUGAGCUUGCGAAUAUGACGCCUGGAUACGUUGGGGCAGACCUUCACCUUUUAGUGAAAGAGGCCUGCAUUUUAGCUAUUCGUCGCAAGUAUACUGAGCUGGAGAAAGCAGGAGAGCUUGAAAACCCCAACGCGGAAGCGCUCAUGUCUUUUACAGUCACCUUUGAGGAGAUGAAGGAGGCCACAAGGCGAGUUCAGCCAAGUGCCAUGCGAGAGGGAUUCACCACAAUUCCCAAUGUUACCUGGAAUGACAUUGGCGCCUUGGAAGACGUACGUGAGGAGCUUUUCACGAGUAUUUUGCAACCUAUUCGCGCGCCCAGGUUGCACAGACGCUUUGGUUUGGAUCACCCUGUGGGUGUGCUCCUGUACGGUCCCCCCGGCUGUGGAAAGACUCUUGUAGCAAAGGCAAUUGCGAACCAGUCAGGCGCCAACUUUAUCUCUAUUAAGGGACCCGAACUGUUAAACAAGUUUGUUGGUGAAAGUGAGCGGAGUGUUCGAAUGGUGUUUGCUCGUGGGCGUGCAAGCGCACCGUGUGUAUUGUUUUUUGAUGAGUUGGACGCGCUUGCGCCUCGUCGUGGAUCAGAUCGUGCCAACCCAAGUAGCGAGCGUGUCGUGAAUCAACUGUUGACAGAAAUGGACGGGAUCGAGGGGCGAGAGGAUGUGUACGUUAUUGCUGCGACAAAUCGACCUGACAUGAUUGAUCCCGCCAUGCUGCGUCCAGGGCGUCUUGACAAACUGCUUUAUGUGCCACUUCCCUCCUUCGAACAGCGUGCCUCCAUCCUGGCGACACACGCUCGUCGCUACCCGAUUGACGCCUCGGUGGACCUCAACCGCAUUGCUCAUGACCCACGACUGCAAGGGUUCAGUGGGGCGGACCUCGCGGCUCUCGUGCGGGAGGCAUCGCUGCACGCCCUUAAAAAGUUGUACCAUGCCUCUACUGCAGAGGAGCUUGACUCAGUGGAGCGUAACCUCAGUGAGGAAACCUGCGAGAAAACCCUGCUGCCGUCCGUGUGUGGCGACGAUUUUGAGGCAGGUCUGCAGAAGGUGCGACCCUCUGUCACUGCGGAGGAUCGGGAGAGCUAUGAGUUACUCCAUCGGCAAAUCAUACAGUCGGCGAAGGCUACGGGCUAA